AUGCGCAGGUACAUAAUUGACUAUUCGAGCGACGAGGUUCCGGAAUACUCGCCGCUACCCCGACGUAGCAUCUCCAGACACCGUCGACGUCCACAAUUCGUACAUGAAAGUGAACGUGAACGUGAGAAGCGCCCUCAUAUACUAGAUGACGGUUCAGCAUUAAGUCGUUAUCCAGUGCGUGACGAGGCACCGCUGGUUGUGAGACGCGACGAAACGGGGAGGGUUCUCCAUCGAGGCUCUGUGGUCGAGCGAUCGCAUCUUGUCCCGGUCGAGAAUGACAUCAAUCAAAAAUCACCAGUGCCUAGCCCUCUAAAUACCAACGACAGUACCAAGGCUCGUCGUGGCUCUCCGCUAGCGACUAAGGCACCUACUGCAUUGGCGCAAGAUGUACAGAACGUGCUGAGCCCCUCGUCGACACGGGAUACUACAGUCCACUUUCAGAUGGAUGUCCAGGAGGAUGUGGAAAGCCAGCUCGAGGAAUUCUCGCGUCUGAAACGACUCGGACACUUUGCUGCGGCUGAGCAGUAUUUCCAAAAUUAUCUCGCCCACUUCCUUCCUUUGCGCCCUGUCGUGAACGAAUACGCUGAGAUGCUGCUCGAACAAGGAGCAUAUCGCCGUGCCCUCGAGUUCCUUUCAAGAGAUCUCUUUGAUGAUGACCGUGAGACAGAGGGAAUACUGCUCGAGUCGAUGAAAAUGGUGGCAACCAUGCAUGUGUAUGGUCUAGGACGGGCAGACGCGAUCCAAGCUAUCCGCUGGGCCCAGAACCUCGAUAACGUUCCCCUCGUCGCGGAAUUCUCCAACGUGGCCCAGAGAAUUCAAAUCAUCCACCGUGCCCUAGAGAUCAUGGCAUACGCCAGCGAGGAAUCUGACCUUGUGGCGGAGAGUGAUAUAACUGAGGUCUACUUUGACUGGCAUAUUUUAUAUGUGGAUAUCCUUGCCAACCAAGCGAUCUGGGAUCUCAGGGACAUCAUCUUUGCGGUCGCGUCGGUUGUAGGGCCACACUUACCGGGCAUACUUCUCACUCGUUCUGACGAUGCACACGAUGUGCCGAACCAACUGCUCAACGACUGGGGCGGAGACACAUACGAAGAGUCUACUUAUCUGGCUCUGCUGGACAUAUUUGUUGUGAUGACCGGGUUCCCAAGGUCCAAGAUGGGAAACAUCCGGGAGAGUCAGGAUGCCAACUUAGCCAGGCAGUAUCUUCAGCAUGCCCGCAGCUUCGCAAACGCUAUUCGAAUGCAUAGUCCUGACUUAAUCCGAUCGCGUCCUUACCUCCGUUGGAUUCUGGCUGAGGAGGAAUUCGCACGGCAAUCACCUGAGGCGAAGCAGCGGUUUUUCUCCGUGGAUGAGAAGUAUUUUAGCCGGUUUCCUGGUGCGGUGGUGUGGAGGAGUUCGAUGCCCAUCUAUAUCCCCGAGGGAAUAGAGAAUCCCGGGUGGCCAGAGGCAAAACAGCCAGCUAUGCCGAGUGACUUGUUACAGACCGCUCUCAAAACAUCUCAGGAGCUGGAAGACUACCAAACUGAAGUCCUAUGUCUCCAAGAGCUGAUUUGUCGAUCUCCUGAGCCGCUCGGCGUCUUCGCCCAGCUGGAGCACUUGCAGAAGGAGGUCCAGAGGGACCUCACUGGCCAUCAGCGAACUUGUCUUUCAAAGUAUCUCCUAGCUUCUAACGAUCAGUCGCGCCGAGAGUUACUAGAGAAGGGAAUAAAACCAUUAAAUGAGUAUGCCGCCUUGUACUCAAGCCGACACUGUCCUCUUCUGAUUUGGUGUCAACUGCAAAUUAAGAAUGCCCUGCAUCGUUCUUUGGGACAUGACGACUAUAUCAUCCCGCCACUGGAGGACGAUGAGUUGCUUAACGACCUUCCUUUCGACGUAGAUACUCAAGUAUCCUCAUUCGGGCAUCCGAAUUUGGCUCGAGCGACCCACAAACGCGAGUGGAUAUCUGCAGGGCGUAGGCAUCGAGCCAUACCGCGUCGGCGAGAGAGGAGUGUCUCUCCGGUUGUGGUUGAAGUACCAAUGAAGGAAAGAACCGAUUCUAGAAGAAGACGCGAUUCUUCUCAUUACAUCGACGACAUUGAUGAAAGAAUUGUAUCGCAAAUGGAAUUUGUACCAAACAAGAACGCCACACAGGGGUCAACAUCAGUCAAAUUCCCAGAGGAAACCCGCGAUCAUAGACCUCCCCGGCGUAAACAAGGUAACGGCGCUGUCCAUUUUAUAACAGACCACAACGGCGAGAUCGUACCUGAGGAAGAGAGAAAUGACUCGGACAGCAACUGGCGUGUUAUCAAGAAGAAAAAGGAUAAGAAAGAGAAGCCGGAGCAGGAGGAUAAUAAGCCUGCCAGUCCAGAAUCAGAUGCAGAGUCUCCAGAACCUCGAAAACUAAGAAGAGUCGAUUCCGCGACAGUUGAGGAUGCGCAGGAGAGUGGAGAUGAAGCUCCAGCUGCUGUAAGAGUAGUGGAUGAAGUUGAUUGA